AUGGAGCCAUUCUUUGCACUCAUGCAUGUAUUAAUGACCAUCAUUACUAUUACCAGAGCGAAUGAAACGGCUUGUACACUGCGAGCAGAGCCUGCAUACCCUCCAUUAUGGAAAGAUGGAGACAUCAUACUUGGAGGAGUUUUCUCCUUCCAUAGCAGCUGGGAAGUCAAACCAAUGACAUAUUCAGUUACGCCACCUCCUCUGAAGUGUAUCAGCCUUAAUUUCAGAGACUUCCAAUACGCACAGUCCAUGCUCUUUGCGAUAGAAGAAAUCAAUAAUAGUUCCACUUUGCUGCCAGGGGUCCGAUUGGGCUAUAGGAUCUAUGACACAUGUGGCUCGAUGGCAAUGGCUGUUAGAGUGACUAUGGCUCUUGCUAACGGAUAUGAGAACACAACCACCGAAGGGCCCUGUACAAAACAAGCCUAUGUGCAAGCUAUUCUUGGAGACACAACCUCAUCGGCAUGCAUGGCGAUGGCAAAAACUAUUGGACCAUUCAACCUUCCAAUGAUCAGUCACUAUGCUACUUGUGAGUGUCUCAGUGACAAAACCAAGUAUCCUUCAUUUCUUCGAACUAUUGCAAGUGACCACUACCAGAGCAGAGCACUGGCAGAACUGGUCAGACACUUUGGCUGGACCUGGGUGGGAGCAAUCAGAACUGAUGAUGAUUAUGGUAACAAUGGGAUGGCCACUUUCACUAAGGUGGCAGAGCAGAUGGGUAUCUGUUUGGAAUAUUCUCUUCCAUUUUUCAGAACCUACCCUGAAGAGAAAGUAAUGAGAAUAAUUGAGCAGAUAAAAAGCUCUACUUCUCGAGUGAUUGUGGGAUUUCUUGUGCACUGGGACUUGGAGGUUCUGCUGCAUAAAUUUGUUGAACACAACAUCACAGGAUACCAGUGGGUAGGUACAGAAGGUUGGAUCUCUGAUUCAGUAAUUGCCAGUAUGGAUAAGCACCACAUUCUACAAGGGGCCAUUGGGCUGGCUAUACCCAAAACACAUGUGACAGGCCUAAAUGAGUUUAUUCUAAACAUUAAGCCACUAAAGUAUUCAGGCACUGCCAUAUUUACUGAGCUCUGGAAAGAACUGUUUCAGUGUCAAUACUCCACAGAGAAUGAUUCGACAUCCACAACCACAUGUACAGGCAACGAGGAGCUGUCUCAGAUGCAAAACACAUUCACAGACAUGUCACUUAUGCCCAUCUUCAGUAACGUGUACAAAGGAGUGUAUGCUGUUGCUCAUACACUUCAUGAUCUUCUGGGCUGCAAGGAAAAAUGUGCCACAAUUAAACAGCCUGAUCCUUCAACAUUUCUGAAGCACUUGAGAAGGGUUCAUUUCAAUACCAAAGAUGGCGAGGAGGUUUAUUUCGAUGAGAAUGGUGAAGCAGUGGCAAAAUAUGAGAUAAUAAAUUGGCAACCAAGUAAAAAACAACAUGAUGAAUUUGUCACUCUUGGCCUUUAUGAUGCCUCUCUUCCUGUAAAAGAUCGUUUAGCAGUGAAUAAGGCUUCAAUUGUAUGGGCAAAUAAUAAAACAAAGGUACCCGUGUCUGUUUGCAGUGAGAGCUGUCCUCCUGGCACUAGGAAGGCUGUGAAGAAAGGAAAGCCAAUAUGUUGUUAUGACUGUAUACCAUGUACAGCAGGAGAGAUCACUAACAUGACAGAUUCUAUAACAUGUCUGCAGUGCAGUCAAGACUUCUGGUCAAAUCAGCAAAAGGAUGGAUGUGUUGAGAAGGAAACUGAAUUUUUAUCUUAUAAGGAGAUCAUGGGAACAUUGCUCAUGACCAUUUCAAUUAUUGGUGCAUUUAUAACAAUGUUAACUGCAUUCAUAUUCUUUAGAUAUAAAAAUACCCCAAUAGUUAAAGCCAAUAACUCAGAGCUGAGCUUUUUGCUACUGUUUUCACUGAUGUUGUGUUUUCUCUGUUCACUUACUUUUAUUGGUCAGCCUUCUGAAUGGUCCUGUAUGUUGCGUCACACAGCAUUUGGUAUCACCUUUGUCCUCUGUAUCUCCUGUGUUCUGGGGAAAACAAUAGUGGUGUUAAUGGCUUUCAGGAGUACAAUUCCAGGCAGUAAUGUCAUGAAAUGGUUUGGGCCUCCUCAACAGAGACUCACUGUUCUUGGUUUUACUCUCAUACAAGUGCUUAUUUGUGUGGUUUGGUUAACAAUAUCUCCACCUUUUCCUUUCAAAAAUCUAAAUUACUUCAAAGAAAAGAUCAUAUUAGAGUGUGAUGUAGGUUCACCAAUAGGUUUCUGGGCUGUUCUAGGCUAUAUAGGAUUUCUUGCACUCUUGUGCUUCAUUCUGGCUUUUCUGGCACGGAAGCUGCCUGAUAAAUUCAAUGAAGCUAAAUUCAUCACAUUCAGUAUGCUCAUAUUUUGUGUGGUUUGGAUUGCCUUUAUUCCUGCUUAUGUCAGCUCUCCUGGAAAGUUUACUGUGGCUGUGGAGAUAUUUGCUAUUUUAGCCUCUAGUUUUGGAUUGCUAUUCUGCAUCUUUCUUCCAAAAUGCUAUAUGAUUUUAUUCAAGCCAGAGAAGAAUUCCAAGAAGUAUAUGAUGAGCAAGACAUGA